AUGGCACCAUCUCUGUUCCUCACUGGAGUGACGGGCUACAUUGGAGGCGACUUCCUGUCCUUGGUCACCGAGAAGCAUCCGGAGUACGAAAUUACGGCCAUCGUGCGGAACUCUGACAAGGGGGCGAAAGUUGCCGCAGCGUACCCGAAAGUGAAACUGGUCUAUGGUGACCUGGACUCUGCAGAUGUGCUUGAGGAAGAAGCAUCCAAGGCUGACAUCGUCUACCAAUUCGCCAAUUGCGACCACAAAGCCGGUACAGCGGCCCUCAUCAAAGGCCUCCAGCGUUCCACCAAACCUAAGGUGUUUUACAUCCAUACAUCCGGAACAGGAAUCUUGACUGGAGAGACCUUUGCGCAGGAAAAGUUUGGCGACGAGCUUCCAAAGCAAUUCGACGACUGGGAGAAGAUUGAUGAGAUGUGGAAUUUGCCAGAUUCUUCCCUCCACCGGCCUGUCGACAGGAUUGUCCAGGGUAGCUGGUCCGAGAAACUUCAGGCAGCAAUAGUUUGUCCUCCCUGCAUCUACGGCGAAGGCCGUGGCCCCGAUAAUCAGCGAUCUAUCCAGGCUCCGAAAGCAGUGUCAGCGAUUCUGAAGACAAAGAAGGGCGCGAAGAUUGGCAACGGGAAGAAUCUCUGGCACGAGGUCCACGUACAAGACUUGUCCGACCUUUACCUUGCACUGACCGAGGCCGCUGUCAAUGGUGGUGCUCCUGCGACGUGGAACGAGCAAGGCUACUAUUUCGCAGAGAAUGGAGAGUUUGUAUGGGGCGACAUUCUUCAGGCUGCUGUGGACGACGCUCACAAGAAGGGCUUCCUGCCGUCCAAUGAGUUGAUUGGUCGCAAUAUUGACGAGCUCGAAGAGCACUUCUUCCCUCGUGCGCAUUACUACGUGGGAACAAAUUCUCGAGGAGUGAGCAAGCGAGGAAAAAAGCUGCUUGGCUGGUCACCAUACAGGCCGAAAUUGGUUGAAACUAUCCCAGCUUUGGUUGACUCUGAGGCCAGACUGCUUGGCUUAACACAAGGUCACGCUGCUGCAGUGAGUAGCUAA